AUUUCGCCGUCUUCUUCACACACAGCCGUUUCACUGAAAUCAAUAUUUCCACUGCUCCUUUUACUGGGGUUUCAAUUCUUUUUCUAUAAACAGUAGUGUAUGUGUGUGUUGUUUCUUAGACGGAUACACAAAUUCAUCACAAGAUGUGGGGAUUUCCUCCAUCAGAUCAAAUGUUUCCAAGGAAACGUUCGCGCGAAGACUUUGAUCGGUUCAUCCCCAACCGGUCUGCAAUGGAUUUUGACUUUGCACAUUACAUGCUGAAUGGUGGGAAGGUAAGAAAGGAUAACUCUGAACGGUGGUCUCCAUUCAAACAAGCUUACAGGAAGCAGCUUGCAGAGAUCUUCAACAUGAACAGAACAAGGAUACUUGCUUUUAAGAGUUAUCCUUCUUACCUUCCCACCAUUCAGCAUGGAAUGUGCAAAGUCAAAAUCCAUUUACCUUCCCACCAUUCAGCAUGCAAUGUGCAAAGUCAAAAUCCAUUGCAGACUGGUUGGGGAUACUUGCUUUUAAGAGUUAUCCUUUCUUACCUUCAAUCCAUUCUUGAUGCUCCUGAGCUCCUAGAUGACUUCUACGUGAAUUUACUGGAUUGGGGUAGCAGCAACAUUGUUGCUAUCGCUCUUGGGAAUUCAGUAUAUUUGUGGCAUGCCGCUGAUGGCUCAACGUCUGAACUUGUUUCCUUUGCUGAGGAGAUUGGGCCUGUGACAAGUGUCAGGUGGGCACUGGAUGGAAGACACCUUGCUGUUGGUUUGAAUAAUCCCUAUGUUUAUAUGUGGGAUGCUUUGGCUAGUAGGAUGGUAGGUGAGCGAGAUGGACACACGUUAAGGGUUGGUUCGCUUGAUUGGAACAAUAACAUCCUGACAACCGGGGGACUGGACAAUUUGAUCAUAAACAACGAUUUAAGAAUAAGAUCACACAUUGUUGGAACAUAUAGGGGACACAGUCAAGAGGUUUGUGGACUGACAUGGUCUACAUCAGGCCAGGAACUAGCAAGUGGAGGGAAUGACAACUUGGUCUACAUAUGGCACAACUCAAUGGCCUCUAGAAAUUCUUCCAAUCAAUGGCUUCACCGCCUGGAAGGCCACACAGCUGCUGUCAAAGCUCUCUCUUGGUGUCCUUUCCAGAGUAAUCUGUUUGCCUCUGGUGGUGGUUCCGGGGAUCAGUGCAUAAAGUUUUGGAACACCAACACUGGAGUACGGUUGAAAUUCAUGAAUACAGGGUCACAGGUCUGUUGCUUGCUUUGGAACAAACAUGAGCAUGAGCUUUCGAGUUCUCAUGGCUUCAAUGACAUCCAACUCACCCUUUGGAAGUACCCUUCUAUGGUCAAGAUUACAGAGCUUUAUAGUCAUACUUCAAGAGUUCUCUACACGGCUCAGAGUCCAGAUGGGUAUGCGGUUGCAUCUGCUGCAUCAGAUGAGACAUUAAGAAUAUGGAAUGUGUUCGGGACUCCUGAAUUGGCCAAGUCUGCAUUGAAAACAAAGUCAGAGCCUUUUGCUGACAUUGCUCGCAUCAGAUGAAGAGUUUGGUGGAUGAAAUGGGUGGUGAUUAAAAAACAUAUUCCUCAGUUUUGCUUCAUUGGGCCAUGACAAAGAAAUAAGCUUUGAUUUUUCUUGAGAUCAUGUUGUGUAUAUGCACAUCAACCUUCCGCCAUUUUUAAGCUGCUACGAAGUGUUUGGUGAGCCUGGUGGUGCUUUCCAGCAUUGUUGGCAUCCACGCCCCAUGUCGUUGACUACGCGAAUUAUACUGAAGGUCAACUUUUCGGGAACACGCGCACACAGAAACAUUUAUAUUUGACAAUUGUAGUAUAUUUCAUACAUUAUCGAAUUCAAGCUCAAAUUUCGAAAAUAAAUAAAGUUACUGUAUAAUAUUUCUUAGCCA